AUGUCCGACACUGGCAGACAAUCUCUCACCGACAAGGCUGGUGCUGCUCUCAAGCCCGACUCUGAAAAGUCCACCAUGGAGCACUUGGGCGAUAAGCUCAAGGGCAAGAGCGACUCUGCCGCAUCUUCCGUGCAGCCCCAGAACGAGAAGUCGUACACCCAGCAAAUUGGUGACGCUUUCAGUAGCAACUCAAACGACUCGACCGAGGUAAUUGUUUGA